ACAUAUGCGCUCACGCACGCACGUUGGCACACACAUUUUGUGGAGAGAGCUGGCCUGUCCAUUCGUUUUUUUGCUGCAGCCGAUACCACAUGGAGCACCGGUGAGCUACCAACUACACAGACCAGGGUGUUAAAAUGGAGCGGAUAUGUUUGAUCCUCCUGCUGAUGGGUAGGACCACUUCAGUCUUGGCACAGUUUAAUGGAUACAACUGUGAUGCCAACUACCACAGUAGGUUUCCCGCAGAGCGCGACAUCAGCGUGUACUGCGGGGUUCAGACCAUGACCCUGAAGAUUAACUUCUGCCCGGUGCUGUUCUCCGGCUACACCGUUGCAGACCUUGCACUCAAUGGUCGCCAUGGCGAUACCCACUGCCGGGGCUUCAUCAAUAACAACACGUUCCCCACGGCAGUACUGUUCAGCAUCAGCCUCAGCACACUGGAGGCCUGCGGCAAUAGCCUGGUGGUGACAACAGCCUACGGGGCUAAUGCCUACGGGAACAUGUCGCUGGUGCAGAUUGGUAAUAUCUCAGGGUACAUCGACACUCCAGACCCGCCAUCCAUCAUCAGCUAUCUGCCCGGCCUGCUGUACAAAUUCAGCUGCAGCUACCCCCUGGAAUACCUGGUCAACAACUCACAGCUGGCAUCGUCAUCUGCUGCAAUAUCAGUGAAGGACAGCAACGGUACCUUUGUGAGCACAUUGAGUAUGAUCCUUUACAAUGACUCAACCUACAACCAACAACUCUCUAUCCCAAUGGCCGGACUGGCUUUGAAAACCAGAGUGUUUUCUGCAGUGAAAGCCACAAACCUGGACAAACGAUGGAAUAUCUUGAUGGACUACUGUUACACCACUCCCUCAGGGAAUCCCAACGAUGAACUGCGUUACGACCUUUUCUUUGGCUGCCAUAAAGACCCACAGACGACUGUUUUUGAGAAUGGGAAGAGUCAGAUGGGUCGUUUUGCCUUCGAAGUGUUCCGUUUUGUCAAACACAGACACCAGAAGAUGUCCACUGUGUUUCUGCACUGUGUCACCAAGCUGUGUCGGGUAGAUGACUGUGUCCUGCUCAUGCCGAUCUGUGGCCAUCGGCGUAGGAGGGACGUAGAGGAUAGCCUGGAGUCUAGGCCGUCGUCUGGGGAUGCCAUCAUCACUGCUGGACCCAUCAUCACCAGGAUUGAUGAAACUCCAAUGAAUAACUCACAACUCACUGCAUCAAGUGGCCCCUCCCUCCCGUUGAACCCAGUGACCAGUGCUCUGCUGUCAGGUGUGGUCAUUCUAGGCGUGUUCAGUCUGGGCUUCUUCCUGCUCUCGCUCCGCCUCCUCCGCAGACCCCGCCUCCCUACAGCCACACCCUCAGGAGCAUGGAACCCUGGUUUCAAAUAAACCUCUCGUGGGUGUGCUCUCUCCCUCUCUCUCUCUCUCAUUCUCAAUAUCUCUGACUCAUUCUCCCCCUCAUUUUUUUAUCCAUCUAACUAUAACUAAUACCCUACAGUAUGUAUUUGCACUGUAGAGAUAACUAAUAAACUCACAGUAGAGAUAACUGUGAUCUCAAACAAUGAUUCUAGAGUAAGAGGUUUAGCCACGAGCAAAAGAUUCACUAUGUGCCUAUGUACCUACCAAGUAAAUACAUCAAUACAUAAUAGGGACAGUUAUUGUAGAUCGGGACCUGUAUUUUCUGAAAGGUUUACUUAGCUACUCUACCUUCCUUGAAUGUGUACUUUCCAUUUCGCUAACUUACUCUUAUCCGGCAGCUGUAACAGUCACUGUCAUGCCAAACGCUGUCACACAUUCACGUGUACAUGUACAUACACAUACUCAAGCGCAUAUUGAUACUGUAAAUAGUUCAUUCCUACUUUGUGUACAGGGGAACAGUAUAUGUUCAAUAAUAAUAAUGUUGUGUACUGUUUUCCUUGUUUUGUUCUGAUCCAUUGAUAGACCAGUGUAUUGUUUUUUACAGGUAGUGUGUAAUAAAACUGGCCCAGGUCACUAUGUGAGGCUGAUUUCCCAUUUUUUCAAUACCUUAGUGUCUUUUUGUCAUCCAUUGCUUGGCAUGGGGUCAGUUACAUUAAAGAAAUAAAGGGUCAUUCAAAUAACCCUGACACCUGGGGAUGACUGAUACUGUCCUCUACAAAGGCCAACACCAAAACAUUACUUGUAGAUAUUUUUAUAACACACUGUCUAUUUUAACCUGAGAAAAGGUAGGCUUCAGUAUAGUACUAACAUGUGAGGAGAAUUGAAGAAGUGAUUCAUCAUUCUAUAUGUAUGAUCAUGAUGAAUAUUUAUAUACCGUAUGUAUAGUACUUAUUGGUAUGAAGUAUGGCUGAAAUCCUGACUUCCACAUAACUUGAAUGUUUGUGAAAGUUUUUGCCAUCAAUGCUUAAUUAAAGAAAUCUCUAAUAACUUGGUCAA